CCAGGCAAGAAUACUGGAGUGGGUAGCCAUGCCCUCCUCCAGGGGGAUCUUCUUGACCCAGGGGUUUAACCUGGGUCUCCUGCAUUGCAGGCAGACUUUAUCUUCUGGGCCAGCAGGGAAACUCCUAUUACAGUUAAAGAGGGCCCAAAAGUUCUGCAAUCACCAGACUACUCAUUUGAUAGAUAAGAAGACUGAGAGAAGGCUGAGGAGAAAGGAAGCUGCCAGAUCUGUGGGGCUGGCCUUCCAUCAGCAGUCUCUGCCCUCUCCACCUCUCUCUGCAUCCUCAUCACCCAGGUUCUUCUGCUGGGGUGAGGAGGGUUCCGGGAAACAGAACUUUUCUCCUCUUCCUUGCUCCUUAGAUUCAGUUUCCAUCAGGCUUUGGUGUGGAGAGCGGCGGGGAGGGGGCAGCCCCCGCAGGGGCUAUUUCAGUCAGAGACAGACGUGGCAGGAAACAGAGGAAGCUGCCCUUUCAGCGGUAUCACAGCCUGGGCCAAGAGCAGAAGAGUGGAGAGCUUCGUGUCUGGCCUCCCCUUGACCCAACACACUUGGGGCCACCAAGGCGUGCGUUUCGGGGACAGGAGGCUGUAUGACCAUUGGAUUAAAGUUGUGAAUUCUCUCUGGACAUCAGUAAAUAUGGAAAUGCCAUUGGGGAGAUAAGUAGACUGCAACCAAAAGAAGAACCAUGGAUUAGGAAGAUGGAGUCCAGGCUGAGAAGCCUCUCUGGAUGUAGGAAGCCCAGCUGAACAGGCAUGGCAUGGGACAAUGGCACAGGCCAGGCCCUGGACGCCCCGCCCACCAACUGCGUUUACCGAGAGAACUUCAAGCAGCUGCUGCUGCCACCCGUGUAUUCGGUGGUGCUGGCGGUCGGCCUGCCCCUGAACGCCUGUGUCAUCGCCCAGAUCUGCAUGUCCCGCCGGGCCCUGACCCGCACGGCCGUGUACACCCUGAACCUGGCCCUGGCUGACCUGCUGUAUGCCUGCUCCCUGCCCCUGCUCAUCUACAACUACGCCCAAGGUGACCACUGGCCCUUCGGAGACCUCACCUGCCGCCUGGUCCGCUUCCUUUUCUAUGCCAACCUCCAUGGCAGCAUCCUCUUUCUCACCUGCAUCAGCUUCCAGCGUUACCUAGGCAUCUGUCACCCUCUGGCCCCCUGGCACAAGCGUGGGGGCCGCCGGGCUGCCUGGCUCGUGUGUGGGGCUGUAUGGCUGGCCGUGACAACCCAGUGCCUGCCCACUGCCCUCUUUGCCUCCACAGGAAUCCAGCGGAACCGCACGGUCUGCUAUGACCUGAGCCCACCCGCCCUGGCCACCCGCUACAUGCCCUAUGGCAUGACCCUCACGGUCAUCGGCUUCCUGCUGCCCUUUGUUGCCCUUCUGGCCUGCUACUGCUGCCUGGCCCGUCGUCUGUGCCGCCAGGAUGGCCCAGCGGGGCCAGUGGCCCAGGAGCGGCGUGGCAAGGCAGCCCGCAUGGCUGUGGUGGUGGCGGCUGUCUUUGCCAUCAGCUUCCUGCCUUUCCACGUCACCAAGACAGCCUAUCUGGCGGUGCGCUCCACCCCUGGCGUCUCCUGCCCUGUGCUGGAGGCCUUUGCAGCAGCCUACAAGGUCACCCGGCCCUUCGCCAGUGUCAACAGCAUGCUGGAUCCCAUCCUCUUCUACUUCACCCAGAAGAAGUUCCGCCAGCGGCCACAUGAGCUGCUACAGAAACUCACGGCCAAGUGGCAGCGACAGGGUCGCUGAGUCCUCCAGGGCAGGACACCUGGGGGCAGGGCAACCAUUGUGAUUGCCACCGUGACUGGGGCACCAGGAGCUCCACAGCUCCAAAGCAUGCAGAGAAUUAGAGCUUAGCUCAGCUGGGCAUAGACUGAAGCCCUCACAGACCCCGAAACUUCAACAACUAUUUAUUAAACCCCUUUUCUGGACCAGGCUCCAUGGGUACAGAGAGAGACAAGCCUGGGCCUGGUUCUCCAGAAGGCCCCAAGAAGCCAUGGAGAAUUCAGAAGUCAUGUUAAACUUCUCACAAAAAUACAGUAUAACAUGUACUAUGAUUGAGGAGUAUGCCGCAUACUUUGGAGUCACCAAUAAAGGGAGUAAAAGAAAAUGGGAGGUGGAAGUGAGAGCUUCUGGGAAGGGCCAUUUGACCUGGGUUUUGAAGGAUGAAUAUGAGCUCUCUGGGGUGUGUGCUAUGUUCUAUUCAUUCAGUAUAUCUUUGCUGACACUUUGUGCUUGGGUCUGACUUGGUUCUGGGGCCCGAGAAGAACCAUCUCGAGCCCACCCCCAUACAAGCUUUCAGUUACUGGAGGUACAGACACUGACACAGUCAUGUCAAGGCUGUGACAGAGGGAGGCAUGGCUGGGGGGCAAGGGUGCCCAGAGGAUGCCCAUGACCCUGUCUAGGAGUCUCUCGAAAGGGGCUGGGGGUGGGGGCAUUUGAACCAGAUGUUGAAGGCUGAGUGGGAGCUCUGAAAAUGGAAGUGGGGAGCAGCCUGGGCCAUCCCUGUGCCAGGCUCUGCCCCGUGCAGAUAGGCAGAAAGCUGGAGUGGAGGGCAUGUGGCCUCUUGUGUGUGAAGGCUGAGAAAAUAAGAGCCGUCUCGUGGCCACCCUCCAGACAAUGGCAAGAGUGGGGCAGGUGCUCCAGGCUGGGGGUUCUCAGCGGAGGAAUCAGGGAGCACACUUUCGAAGGGGUGGGGCUUGAACUGGGAGGAAUCUAAAAGGCAGAGUGGAGGAGGCUGCAUCUGGUAGAAGGCACUGUGUCUACAAAACCCAGAGGCAGAGAUGUGCCAAGGCCGAUUAUAAAGCACCAGUGAGUUUUAGAUAAGCCCGGGGUUGGGUGUGUGGAGAGGAGUGGCAAGAAAUGGAGCUGGGUGGGACUAGGGCAUUAAAUGCCAGGAAGAACCCAGAUCCCGCCUGUCCUCCACUCACCCCUCCACAUGUGCCUCCUUCAGGCUCAGGGUGUCCUUGGUGCCUGGAGACACCCCCACAAGAGCCCCCGAGGGAGGGAAAACAGCCCUUCAACACUGCUUCGUUUUUUUUUUUUCCCUGAGUUUUUAAUUUUUUAAUUUAUUUUAAUUGGAGGCUAAUUACUUUACAAUAUUGUGGUGGUUUUUGCCAUACAUUCACAUGAAUCAGCCAUGGGUGUACCUGUGUUCCCCAUCCUGACCUUUCCUCCCACCUCCCUCCCCAUCCCAUCCCUCAGGGCCAUCCCAGUGCACCAGCCCUGAGCACCCUGCCUCAUGCAUCAAACCUGGACUGGCGAUGUAUUUAACAUAUGAUAAUAUACAUGUUUCAAUGCUAUUCUCUCAAAUCAUCCCACCCUCGCCUUCUCCCACAGAGUGCAAAAGUCUGUUCUUUACAUCUGUGUCUCUUUAGCUGUCUGGCAUAUAGGGUCAUUGUGACUAUCUUUCUAAAUUCCAUAUAUAUGCAUUAAUAUACUGUAUUGGUGUUUUUCUUUCUGACUUACUUCACUCUGUAUGAUAGGCUCCAGUUUCAUCCAACUCAUUAGAACUGAUUCAAAUGCAUUCUUUUCAAUAGCUGAGUAAUAUUCCAUUGUAUAUAUGUACCACAGCUUUCUUAUCCAUUCAUCUGCUGCUGGACCUCUAGGUUGCCUCCAUGUUCUAGCUAUUAUAAACAGU